AUGGCAACGCUGGGACUGGACCUGAAGUCGAAGCGACUGCGGACACGCAGCGACUAUGGUUACCACCUCGACUAUCGACUGCGCUGGAACGACAACGACAUAUUUGGCCACAUGAACAACCCCAACUACGGAGUGCUCGCGGACAGCAUCAUCAACGAAUACAUGAUCAAAGAGUGCGGAUACACAGUGAACAAGCACCCGCAAGCCGCUAUCAUCGCCAACACCUACUUCGACUACUUCGGAUCCGUCAGCUAUCCCGACAUGGUCGAGUGCGGGCUGCGGAUCGUCAAACUGGGCAAGUCCAGCGUCAUGUAUGAGGUGGGGGUUUUCAGACGCGGCGAGGAGGACGUCAAAGCGGUCGGAGGCUCGACGCACGUGUUUGUCACGCAGAUCAACGGACAGCUGGGGAAAACUGUUGAGAGUGGCAUGCCAGCAGAGAUGAGGCGCGGUUAUGAGCGGUUGCUCAACAUGCCAAAUCCACGUUCGAGGCUCUAG